GGCACCAUGGCGGAGAACGACGUGGACAACGAGCUGCUGGACUAUGAGGACGACGAGGUGGAGAACCAGGCGGGGGCGACGGCGUGGACCGUGCCCUCCAAGAAGGACGUCAAGGGCUCCUACGUGUCCAUCCACAGCUCCGGCUUCCGCGAUUUCCUUCUUAAGCCGGAGCUGCUCCGCGCCAUCGUCGACUGUGGCUUCGAGCACCCCUCGGAAGCCGAGUGCAUCCCGCAGGCCAUCCUGGGCAUGGACGUGCUCUGCAGCCAAGUCGGCAUGGGCAAGACGGCCGUGUUCGUGCUGGCCACGCUGCAGCAGCUGGAGCCCGUCACGGGGCAGGUCUCGGUGCUGGUGAUGUGUCACACGCGGGAGCUGGCGUUCCAGAUCAGUAAGGAGUACGAGCGCUUUUCCAAGUACAUGCCCAGCGUCAAGGUGGCGGUGUUCUUCGGGGGGCUGUCGAUCAAGAAGGACGAGGAGGUGCUGAAGAAGAACUGCCCCCACAUCGUGGUGGGCACCCCGGGCCGCAUCCUCGCCCUGGCGCGCAACAAGAGCCUCAACCUCAAACACAUCAAGCAUUUCAUCCUGGACGAGUGCGACAAGAUGCUGGAGCAGCUCGAUAUGCGCCGCGACGUCCAGGAGAUUUUCCGCAUGACCCCGCACGAAAAGCAGGUCAUGAUGUUCAGCGCCACCCUCAGCAAGGAAAUCCGGCCCGUCUGCCGCAAAUUCAUGCAAGACCCCAUGGAGAUCUUCGUGGACGACGAGACCAAGCUGACGCUGCACGGCCUGCAGCAGUACUACGUCAAGCUCAAGGACAACGAGAAGAACCGCAAGCUCUUCGACCUGCUCGACGUGCUCGAGUUCAACCAGGUGGUGAUCUUCGUGAAGUCGGUGCAGCGCUGCAUCGCCCUGGCGCAGCUCCUGGUGGAGCAGAACUUCCCGGCCAUCGCCAUCCACCGCGGCAUGCCCCAGGAGGAGCGGCUCUCGCGGUACCAGCAGUUCAAGGACUUCCAGCGCCGCAUCCUGGUGGCCACCAACCUCUUCGGGCGGGGGAUGGACAUCGAGCGGGUCAACAUCGCCUUCAACUACGACAUGCCCGAGGACUCGGACACCUACCUGCACCGGGUGGCCCGGGCCGGGCGCUUCGGCACCAAGGGCUUGGCCAUCACCUUCGUGUCGGACGAGAACGACGCCAAGAUCCUCAACGACGUGCAGGACCGCUUCGAGGUGAACAUCAGCGAGCUGCCCGACGAGAUCGACAUCUCCUCCUACAUCGAGCAGACCCGAUAAGCCCCCCGGCGCCCGCUGCCCCCCCUCCGGUUUUACGUCUCCUCGUUGCUCCCCCCUCCGACGGUCGGGCUGCGGAGGGAGCCCCGAAACCGCCGCCGCCGC